AUGGAUUCCUGGAAGGAGGCCGAAAUCGCCGCCACCAGGCGUCGUGACGGCCCUGUGGGCCGUUUGAAAGAAAUCAGAGAGGGACAUUUCGCAGUAAGGGAGUGCGAGUUUUUCUGGGCUACCUCAGACGAAGAAGUCGCGCUCGCGUUCAAGGAGGCAAUGGAUCGUUCCAGUCGUCCGAGAGAAGGAGGGCCGGAAGGAAAAAAACCGGUAGCGGCCAAUUCCGAGAAGCGGGUCUGGCCCGCAGGCCUAGAAGAGGCGAAGCACACGGACACGCGGUUUGAAUUGGAUACUGGCGCAUCGCUGUCUAUUAUUGAUGAGAAGACUUGGCGUAAACUAGGCCGACCGCAGUUGCAGAAGGCGGAGGUGGCAGCAACGGCAUUUGAUAAUAAGCGCAUCACGUUCCAAGGCAAAUUUCCAUUACAUAUAAGUUCGCCGGCAAGGAGGCGAUGUUGGAUAUACAUGUAUUCAAGGAGGCGAGUCACUUUGUGUGGAAGAGACAUGAUUAGGAGGCUACAGAUUAAUUGUGGACCGCAUUAUGAGUUAGUGCACAAUGUGAAACAGAUGCCCAAUGUGGAAAUCAAAAAAGAAAUAGUGCGUGUCUUGGAUAGCAACAAGAGGUUGUUCCAAGAUGCUUUGGGCAAGUGCACAAUUGCAAGAGCCAAGUUCAAAUUUAAAAGUGAUCCAGUGGUGCCCAAAUUCUUAAGGGCGAGACCGGUACCUAUUGCGCUGAGGCCCCUAUGUAGUCCUGUAGGGACAGAGUGUUGGAGGGCCGGUCCGGGGCCGGGCCCCCGGCAACCGCGUGGUGCCCCGUCUGUGUUUGGGCCCAGCCCGGAUCGGCAAAUAGUCGUCUUAAUUCCUGUGCACCAGUGUCCUGCUACCCACCACUGUCAAACCGCCCCGAGCCGCACCACGGCCCGCGCGUCGUGGAACAGUGCCCUGUGGCGUUUGAAAGAAAUCAAGAGGGACAUAGAGAGAUCAGCAGAAGAGAGCGGAGUUUUUCUGCACCCAGACGAAGAAGCCGCUAGCGGUCAAGGAGGCAAUGGAGUCGUUCAGCGUCGAGAGGAAGGAGGGCCGGAAGAAGCCGGGACGGACCGAUCGAGGAGCGGGUCCGCCGAAGGGCCUAGAAGAGGCGAGGCCCACGGAAACGGCGGCCGGCGCGCCCGCAGGGCAGGAGAACGCCGAGGUCCUGGAAUUGGGCGCGCCGAGGACGUGGGCGGCGAGCGGUGUGGCGGGGCCCGCCGCCCAGGGAUGAAGACGGGAAUCGAGCUACGGGGACUCUCCGUCGCCUGGAAGAGUCAUUGCCGUGUCGAAGAGACGCUGAUGAGGAAGGAGCCUCUAAAAGACAUGCCCCUUGAAGGAUGA